UACAUGUUUAAGUUACACAUAUACCGCCGUGUCUUACAAAGCCCAGUGCUAAGCCCAUUCACACAACUGUAUUGGUCUGAUGCCUCUGUUAAACUACACAAAAACAGGUUUAAAACAAAUGCUUACAAAACAGUCGUAGUGUACAGCUCGCGAUGUUUCGGGUACCGACAGAAGGUCGAUAGUGCAGUUUGACAGGAGUUUAGGAGAACAGGCUACGCCUAAUAAUGCUGCCAAAUCCUCGGAGAUAAUAGAAGACCUAAACCAUGAGCGACAUCGACGAUGAUGAACGCGACAUUUACAGUGCACAGACCUUUGAGCAGUUGACAAAAGAAUUGUUGAAAAAAGCUACACCUGUUCCCUCAGACCUCCAACAAGAUCGUUACUGCCGUUAUAUCAACAGUCUUCUAUCAUUGUACGGGGACGAGCGAUGCAUGGUAGUAGGCAGUGCCACCGAGCGGACGAGACUACGGUCAAACCAGGAUCAGGGAGACUUUGAUUAUUUGAUGAUUUCCGAAAUACAAAUAAGUUCAAAGUAUCUGCACUACAAUGACAUAGACCCAUGUGUUGUUCACAUCGACGGCAGGGAAUUACACGAUGAACUUCCAGUUGAGCUAGUUGACGGAAAAUAUCUCCCUAGUAACCUCCUCGAAACAGUCAGAAGUGAAGCAUUCACAGGACUACGUGGACUGUUUUCCUUUGUUUUGCUGGUUAGCGCUUUCCAAGGUCAGCACGCUCCUCAUAUCGACAUUUCUACGCCAAACAAGCCAGGCGUUACUCUUACAAACUACACAGACUGGGUUUGUGACGAGAUUCCAAUAAGACCGAAGUCAACGGAUACUGACGCUGAUAAAGUGUACAGGCUUUUCCGACAGAGGAUAAGAAAUUCGCCAUUUUUGAUGUUCAUCAACGACAAAGUUAUUGAAGUUUUGAGGAAGCUGACAAUUUUGACGAAAACUCUGAGUGACAAUCACGGAACUAGUACGCAAUAUUUUCAGUAUUUGGGCCCCUUGGUUAAUGCAGUUAUAGACGAGAUAAACAGCCAAGCUACAAUGCCAACCAGAACAGCCAAACCAGACACGACAGACUCGGAGGAAGAAUUAGGGUCGCCAGAAAGUACUGAUAGUGAUGAGGCAUUUUAUGCAAGCUACCGAUGGAAAUCGCAAAAAAAGUUCAUUGCUACAUUUCCAUUGGACGGUCCACCCAAACAUCUGGAUACGUGGAAAUCACGCGUGUGUGACAAGGCGUGGCCAGGGGGCGACGUAGUGAACAGUAUAUGCAACAGUGAGUUUUACGUGAUUUGUAAUCCAUUGGCAAAUAGCGCGUCAGAGAAAAAUAUUGACUUUUGUCUGUCCUACAUCUCAGCAGAGAUACAACUAUCUGCUUGCAUGUAUCCUGUUCAAAGAAAAUGCCUUCUCAUGAUCAAAGCGUACCAGAGCAGUCAUUUAGAUGAGUAUUGUGAUCACCUCACUACCUUCCAUUGGAAAACAGCAUUAUACUGGGUGUCAGAGGUCGCUGACCACUCGCAGAUAGCAAAAGAUAGGGUUGAGAAUGUGCUCAGUUUGGUGAAGGAUGUAAUGAAUUACAUGCUUAAAAGUCUUCGUAAAUCUAGUCUACAACAUUACUUCAAUACCAGCAAUAUCAUUGGUCAUUUGGAUGCAUUAACUACCAGUGCGAUUGAAGAUAAGCUCACAGAAAUUCUGGACGAUCCCGUAGAUGCAUUACGGGAGUUUUUCAGGCAUGAAGAUAUUAACAGUAGUGUAAGGACUGUUGAAGUGCCUCGAUCUUACGUUGAAAAACUGCAAAAAUCUCUACGCAUUGACAUUGAUGAAUUUGUCGUUGACAACAUCGUUUCUUCUUUGGAACAAUUUGUUAGAGAACCACCCCAGUCAUCCGACAAUACGCCGUUGUUCCAAAAGGCUGUGGUGAAGGUGGCUUCGGCGAUCUGUACUGAUUUGACUAAAGAUUUGGUGGAGAAGGGGAGACCACUGAUGGUGCCUGUAGACAGGAUCAUGAAGACGUUUGACACUUAUCUCACUUCACCUGAAUCUAAAACACAGGACACGAUGUUUGCGUUAUUUACCGUGUUCGAACUAUCUGGUCUACUCAAAGAAAUUAUAUAGCGUCAAGGAAAUAAUGUUAUAUUGUCUAUAAUAAAUUAUAUUAAGAAAUUGUAAAAAAUGUUUAAUGAAUUCACUUGUAGUCAAAAACUACUAUGUAUUACACAUUUCGCAGCAUUUUCAGUUUGUCAUCGCGAAUCUACAACGACCUGUGUAGACUUUGCCUGAGCCCCAUUUGAUAAGCACGCUUAUGUUAAAUUCGUCGAAUUGUUCAUUUAUUCAUGUGGUGUUAUGCAUGUUAUUAUGACCACAAGUUUUACUUUUGUUUUCUUACAACACCUUCGCAAUAAUUAUGGUCUCGGUAACCAAGCCAUGAAUGACAGGAGUAACAAUUUGUGUAUCGUUACUUAUAAUUUGAUAUCAAAUAGCCAGCUUGUGUUAUUAUUUCGUCAGUUUUGUUUAUGUCAGGUUCGUGUACUGAUACACAGGUGUACCAGAGACAAUAGCACAUUGGACUUUGUUCUAGUAUGUCAGCUAUCCUAGUACAAACAUUACAACCGAUUGUGUGGAACAGAAUAUGCACUCUUGAGCAUGGAGCUCCAUUGAUAAAUAAAAUGACCCUCGUGUAGUAUUUAAAGGAACAAAUUUUGCACUAUAGGAUGUCGUGUUUGGCAAUAAAUCAUGAUAUACUAUAUGAUUUCAUUUUCGGGAACAAAACCUGCAAUCUCGAAUGUAAUAUGGGGGUAA